AUGGAGGUAGGUGAUACUGUGAAAUCUUCAUUGCAAUAUGAACAACUUCCAAAUUUGCCAACACCAAUUACAUCAAUACCGUUGAAACCGAAGCCGACUCAAACAUCAAGAAAACGAGUGGUUCGAUUUAAUCUUCCCGAAGCAAACACAUCGCCUUCACCAUCGACUAUUUCAUCAUUAUCGAAGCACAUCAUGAAAAUGAGAAUUCCCAAGGAAGCAGACGAAUAG